GAUAAAGAUUCUGUAUACACAGCAGCGUAAAACGUGAAACAAGAAUAAUUAUUUCUCAAGAUGAAAAUUUAUGUAUUCUACUGUGUCUUUGUCUGCGCGUUAGCGUGUGUUACCUUUAUCUCAGCAGACACUGUAGUUAAAACACUGAAAGAUCAAAAGAAAAGAAGAGAUUUCAUAGAUGUUUGUCUUAGUGAAAGUAAUAUGACCGAAGAGGAAGGUUUUGAAAAAGAAGAUAUUAUUAACAAUGUACACAACCAACCUGAGAACAGAGAAAAGUGGAAGAAGCAUGGCUGUUUCGUAGAAUGUUUUCUGAAGAAGUUAGACUGGAUGGAGGGAUCAGAACUUAUGGAAGAGCAUAUUCAUGGAAAUAUAACUAAAGUGAUGAAAACUCACUCCUUGCUACCCAAAGCACAAAAGCUCAUACGAGAUUGUUCUACUAAAGUGAGAGAAGCUUCUGCAGAUAAUUGCCAGAGAGGUGGUACAGCAUUGGCGUGUGUCAUACAGACUAUAAAUGACUGGGAUAAAGAUAUCACUUUCUUCGAAUGAAGAACAAGAAAAAUUAUCUGAAGAAAUAAUAAUAAAUAAUGUAACUGAAAAAAUCGGAGAAUAAUUCAAUUGAACAUUUUUAUAUAUAUAUGAUUAUACUACUAUAAUUAUAUAUUACACUACUAUAAUUAAUAUUGUUAACAACACAAAACUCUGUAACUACUAUGU